AUGUCUUCCCCGCUUACAGUGCGGAACCUGACUUCGACCGCCAUCUCAUUGCUUCGUGUCGAGCGAUUUGAAGAUCCAAACACAUUACAAUCCAAGGCGAAUGGAUACUUUUUCAGCUCAAAAACUACUACGCACGCGACACCUACAGCACCAGAGCUCAGUGGGCAUGCGCAGAGCUUCAAUUGCCAGGACUUGGAAGUAAUACUACAGCCUUUCGAAUCCUAUACGCUCAGUUUUCCAAGUCUAGCUCAGCCGAGUAGUACAGCCACUCUGUCAUCUCCAACACUCCGCAUCACAAUUCAAACAGCCAACAAUGAACGACACCGCGUCGACACAAACCCUUCGUACACGCAAAAGUCAACACAGACCUUUACUGCACUCUCGGCAAGUCCAUCGACAACCUACAAGGCCAUCUUCCACCCUUCUAAGCCCACCCCCCACCUAGCAAUCCAUAGCAACCACGUCCCCAGGUAUUCAUCAUGGAUGGCCACACUUCCAGACAACCUCCCUGUAUCAGCAAUCAGCAUCCCCGGAGCACACAACGCACAUACACACUACUGUGCCCUGCCCUCUGUCCGCUGCCAAGUCCACGACAUCCAAACCCAACUGGACAACGGAAUCCGCUUCCUCGACAUACGGGUGCAACCCGUCCACGCCACCGACGUGUCCAAGAAAGAGCUAUACCUCGUCCACGGCGCCUUCCCCGUCAGUCUGACAGGCCCCAAGUACUUCGACCCCGUCCUCCAAACAUGCUACACGUUCCUCGCCGCCAACCCCCGUGAAACCAUCCUCCUCAGCCUCAAAAGAGAAGGCAUCGGCAGCGCUACAGACGACCAUCUCGCCCGCAUCCUCCAAAAACACUACAUCGCUCGUAAUCCUGCUGCGUGGUACACGCAAAACAAGAUUCCUUAUCUCGGGAGUGUGCGUGGCAAACUCGUCCUCGUACGGCGGUAUACCGUGGAAUCUUCGACAUCGACAUCGACAUCUGAUUCUCCAGACGUGCAAAACGCAGGUCUAGACGCUACAGCAUGGCCUCACAACGCAACUCACGCCGUGUUUCCCUCGUCAUCAUCAUCAUCAUCAUCACAAUGCAUAACCCCCACCUUCUGCCUCCAAGACUUCUGCGAA